UUUUUAAACCGUUAACAACGCCACAGGUGGAAGGUACUAAGCAAAACAAAGUGAAAAAAAAAACAAAAAUACACAAACAAACCACUAUAAAAAAAACAAAAGAACGUUAAAAAUAUAACAAUAUAAACAUUACUUAAAUAGUGAAAAUAACAUAAACAAAGCUAAAAUAAAUAGACAGAAACACAGCAGAAGAAAAAAACUGCAAGGUCUGCAUUAAAAUUUAAUAAACUGCAAUUGAAAAAGUUGAAAAGAGAGACAGAAAAUUCUAGAACGAAAAACUCCAUUUUAGAGAGUACAAAGAAGAAAAACAACAACAACAAAAAAAGGGUGGUUUGAAAAAUUAAAGAAAAGUGAAGAAAAAAAGUGCCUUUUUUAAAUUAAAGAAAGAAAAAAGGUUCCUAAUUAAACAAUUAUUAAAACAAAUUGUGUUUAUUUAAACAAGUGUUAAACUAAAUAUUUAAACAACAUGGCUUUUAUGAUGCCGGUAAUGAAAAACAAUUACGAUAUCUAUAAAGAUAAAGGACGCUCACGCAAAACUUCGGAAUCCUCUAAUGGCACUGGCACUACCGCCAAUGCUGCUCCUAAUAUGGCCUCGGCCAUGGGCAUUAACCCCUCUAGGGGUAGGCAAAGAAUGAAGUCGGAAAGUUUUGCCAGUUCACCCAGUCAUACGUAUCGCAUGCAAAUGCAACGUUGUCAAUCACAAAAAACUUUUCCAAGAAAUGCUUCCCGCACCUCGCAGUAUUCUUCAACCUCAGGGGCAUUGUCACCCACCAGAUCAUUUUGCCAAGCCUCCAGCAGUCCUCCCAAGAAUAACAAUACUACUACAAACUCUGGUAACAAUCAAACUGGUUCCCAAAAUGACAUUAGCAAGUUCCAUUUACGUUUGGUGGAUAAAUUGCGUAAAUCCUUUCGCAAGGAUUCGGCCAAACGUUCAUGAAAGUCAAACUUAACAGAUAAUGAGAAUGACUCUCAACCCCAAAUAACAACUAGAAAGGAAGAAGCAACCACAGCAGCAGCAGCAGAAAAUAUAACAUUUGUUAGGAGUUCAGAGCCAAGCGAAGAACCCACCACUUUAUUAGGUAGUAGCAGUAGUAGUAAUACACUUAAGACUGAAGCAUUAGAAGCAACAGAGGUUCAACGCUUCGACGACUUAGUCGUCAAUAAAGAGCAAGAGUUUAAAGGUCUCUAUCUGGAAAUACCUAAAACAACUUCUGCCACAACUGAUCAGGAUUCCUGUUAUAUUUCUCAAAACUCUCCAACAACAUCACCAAAUGAAGCAGCUGAGCAUAAGCACACUUCGUUGGCUACACAACUGGGACGCCGUUUAACCGCCCCCUUAAUCAAAGCUAAUAUCAAAAGAUGCCACAAGAAAUUGGCCAAUUUACAAUUACACCAUUAUCAUCAUACCACACAUCAACAAAAAUCCCAAAACCUUUUAAAAACAGAUGACAAUUCCCGAAAAUUGAAACUUUUAAGUUCUAACUCUACCAUGGAAUUGUUUAAUCAAGACUGUGAAAAUCUAAGUAAACUGGAACACAAACCUUUAAUGAAAAAUAUGCAAAAAACCGGCGAAUCAACAACAUAUGUGGAUAAGUGCAAAAAGUCUCCGGAAAAAUGUGCAGCGGGUCUAAGGCAGGCUCGCCGACGUAAACGUUUAUCGUUUAUGCGCCGUUCAACGAAAAGUGCUCCUGGUUAAGAGAGCAGUAGUACAUAGUUAUAAAGGUAAUACAUGCAAAAGUAGUAAAAGUUGGCAGUAGAGUUUUGUUGAAAAGUAGUUUGUUGUAAUUGUAAGUUUUACAAGGUAGUUAUAAACAAAUUUUAAGCAAAUUUGCUGAACGAAACUAAAGGCUCUUUUGGAAAAUGUAAAAAAAAUGUUCAAGAAAAUAUUUUUGUAAAAAUGAUAUUUUUUAAGCAACAUGACAAAUUUUGCUAAAGAAUUUUUGCUUUGGACCGAAUUGUUGUUUGGUUUACAGGGGUUUCCCCAGAAUAUUACAAAAUACUUUAAUUUUCUAAAGAAAUUAUAAAAAAUUGGUUUAAAUCAAGAUUUUUUAGAGCGAAAAUCUAAUUUUAUUUAAAAAAAAAAAUUCAAAAUUUCUUUUAUAAAACAAAUUUUUAAAGAAAAAUGAUUUUAAAAAGUUGGCAAGAGUUUCUCUUUAAAUUAAGGCAAAUUUUUUGUAAAAAAAUGUUAAAAAAUUGAUUCAAAAAUUAAAAAUUUCAUCAAAUUUAUGAAUUUUUAAAGACUAACUCUUAAACAGAGAUAAUUAGCAAGUGAUUCUAAUUGAAUCAUGACAAAAUUUAAGAAUUUAUUUGUAAAAGAAACUUAAAAAGGAAAGUUUAAUUGAAAUAUAUGAAAAUUUAACAAAACAUUGUUUAAAAAUAGUGAAAAUUUGGUCUUGAUUAAAUUUUUAAAAGAAAAUUUACAAAAAUAUUUAAAUUUUCUUUAGAAUUUUGGUAAAAUCUCAAAGAUUAAAGAUGCUAUAGGGUGCUAAGAUGAAAAAUUCUGAUUAUAACUGCAAUAAUAUGGCCCAAUUAGACAUUUAAACAGCAAAAAAUUAACUUUUUGACAAAGUUUUUUAAAAUAAAUUUAAUAAAAUUAAAGUUUUGUGAAACUAAUGGCUUAAUUAUUAGUGAUUUGUUGAAACUUAAGCCGAAAUUUAUUCAAAAUAAUGUAAAAAUUUGUUCAUGAUUGAAUCUUUUAAAGAAAUUUUCCCAAAAAAUUAAUAUUUCUUACAAAUAUUUGAGAAAACUCAAGAAUUAAAGAUAACUUAGGAUGAUUAGUUGUAAAAUUUUGAUUAUUACAUCAAAAAUUUUUCAUUAUUGAUGUUUUAUACUAAAUUUAAAACGAAAAAUUAAAUUUCCUUAAUAAUAUUUGAGAAAUCUCAAGAAUUAAACAUAAUUUAAAGUGAUUAUUUGUAAAAUUUUGAUUAUAACAGCAAUAAUGUUGCCCUAUAAACAGCAGUUUUGCAUUAUAGGCAUUUAAUGUGCAAAAUAAUGCACUUGCUAAGCUGUUUGUCAAGAAAAUCCUAUAUUAAAGGCAUAUCUAAACAGGAGGCUGCAAAAAAAUCCUCUCUGGGAGAAUUUCUCUCCCCAAUCAUCAAAUUCUGUUGUUAUUUAAUGCGAAUAAGGAUGAAAGAGACACAGUAAAAAUGCAAGGAUGCUGCCAUAUCGAGUUUAAAUGCUAAAAAAAUGCACUUUGUCCGGCAACUGCACUUUUUCUAGAUUGAGUGUUUUGUGCAAAUGUGUGCAUUUGCAAAUUGCAUUUGUAGGAUUUUCUAAAAGACAGAAAAACACAAGUUAAUUCAGAAAAUCGUAGUGAUUUCAUACUACUGAACGACUCUAUUGAAGAGGAAAACAAGAAAGACCAUUCAGGGAAUUUAAAUAAUGCUUCCCAAAUCUAAACAAUUUUAAAAAUUUCAUAAAAAAGUAAAAAAAAAAGAUUUAAAACUCUAGUUUUGUUAAAUUUAACAGAAUUUAACAAUUUUUUGGUUAAACAAAGUUUAACUAUUGAAAAACAAAACUUUUGAAGUUUAUAUUUCGGGGGUUUAUAUUUAUUUUGGACGUUAACUAAAACGGAGUUUAACAGAAGACAGUUCCUAAAGACAAAAGGGUUUAAACCGGUUUAACUAAAACGGAGUUUAACUGACUAACAUUAAACAGUUAGUUGCUAAACUAAAAGGUCUGGCCAACUGCAGUUGUUUUGUUCUGCCAGAUUGAGUUUUCUGAUCAACCUCAUUAAAAAUUUUAAAAUUCUCAACAAUUUUCUAACAUAAUCAAGGUCAUUUAAGUUUUUUUUUUUAUUUAAUUUAAAAUGCUGUUAUGGCCAUUUAUUUGCCAUAAUUUAUUGUCGCAACGAAAGUUUUUAAAACACAUUCUCUAUGGCAUAUACAGGAUGCCAAUAACACCUUCUUUUCCUGCUCCUCCUAACAACCUAUUAUUAUAAUGAAUGUAAAAUUGAAAAAGAAAACAUACAUACAUUUUACACAAGACCCUGGUAUACUUAAUAAUAAUGAUAAAACAGAAAUAUAUUUUGGCUAAAAGCCAACUAUUGUGCAAAAUGUUUUCAGUGCUCUCUCUUAACAAAAACAAAAAAUUGCAUUACAGGAAUUCACCAAAAAAAAAAGCUUCACUAAAUCUAAAAAAAAAACAAACAAAAAUUAAAUGAAAUGAAAUAUUUAUAAAAAGAAAUUGUACAGGCCGUACAACCACAACUAAAUAUUAAGAAACUGAACAUUAUUUACACAAGAAAGCUAAAUUAUAGAUAAAUACAUAUAGAACGGAAACUCUCUUGAUAAAGACCUAACUCAGUUGUCAAAAACCUAAGUGUUGAGAAAAUAUUAGUAAAAAAAAGUAUGUGAAAACUAAAACAUCAAUAUUUUGAGAAAUAUUUUUGUUUGAGUUUUUAUUUUAGUUUCUGAUCUAUGUGUAUUUUUCUAUAAGCAAAACUGUUAUAAAAAAAAAUAUUUUUAUUUUGUUUUUUAAAAAGAAAUAAAGUAAAAUAAGAUAUAUUUGUAUAUUUUUGCGGUUUCUUAUUAAGUUUAAGUUUAAUUUUAGUUAUAAAAACUUGUAUAUUUGUUAAAUUUUAUAUUUACCAAACAAGACUAAGGACCAAGACCAUAAAAAUUUAAACAAAUAAGAAAGAAAGGUUCGUAAAUGCAGUAAUUAAUAGUAGAUCACUAAAAUUUAGUGAUCGCAUCACCAAACUUUAGUGAUCUACAACAACAUGCUGAUCUUGUUAUGAUUAAAUUAAACAUUUUAAUCAUUUACGAACACUAUUACUUAAGCUCUCAUUUUGUUAAACAGUUAUUAAACAUACUAGAAAAAUAUUGAAGAUAUUUUAUUAAAUAUUUUGUUUAAAUCUUAACACAAGCUUCCAAAAUAUUAUAAAUUAAAGGAUUUUAAGGAGAAAUUUGAUUUGACUAUUCCAAUUAUAUAUGAAUUACAUGGUCCUUCGAAUCAAAUUUCUCCAUAAGAACCUUAGAAUUAUCAAAAAAACGAAGAACAUAUUGACUUAUAACACAACAAAUAGCUAACGAAAUAUAACAAGGGAAUUAAUUUUUAGAAAUAUAAAAAAAACCAAAAUUACAGUAGUACUUAAAUUUUAACGAAAAAAUCUUCCUUAAUUUUUUUUUUUUUUAAACAAACUUUUAAGUAAAAACUGCCACAGAAAAGAAUUUUUGAAACCUAUAAAAAUAAAUAAAUCCCUAUAAAAAAAUAACGCUUCUAAAAUCAAACAAAAUUUAGUUUUAAAAUAAAAUAUUUUUAUUAAAAAAAAAAACAACAAUAAAAUAUAUAUUUACUUAAAUCUAUAUUAUAAAAAUAAAAACAAUUUUUAUAUUUUUUAAAAACCUAAGAAAUUUUUGUAUAAAUCUUAAAAAAAAAUUUGAAAAUUCUUAAAAUUUUCAUAAAAAAAUUUUCUGUCAUUAAAUAUCAAUUUCAAAACUUUUGAUAUUUUUUGUUUAAAUAACGCUUUAAUCUAUAUAUUUAUCUCUUAUUAUAACUUAUCUGCUUAAUAUUUUUUUGUAUAAGUAACCAAGUACCAAGUAAUUGUAAAUUUACCUUUAUCUUUUUUUUAAGUUUAAGUUUGUGUUUUAAAAAAUAUAUCAUUAUAAAUAAAAAAAUACAACAUAUAUAUAUUUAUAUACAUACAUAUAAACAAAAAAAAACAAA